AUGAAAGACACUGCCUGCCCUCUGCGCGUGCCUGUGCUCAGCGAGCCGACGUCGGGCCUGGACGGCCACGCGGCGGCGGUGGUGAUGCGGGUCACCCGCUCCGUGGCCAACAUGCAGCGCACCAUCUGCUGCACCAUCCACCAGCCCUCAGCGGAGAUCUUCUUCAACUUUGAUGCCCUGGUGCUGCUGCAAACAGGAGGGAAAAUGAUGUACUUUGGCUCCCUGGGCCACGAGUCGGCUGAUCUCAUUGCCUACUUCUCAGCAGCGGGCGUGCGGGCCAUCCAGCCGGGCGAGAACCCAGCCAACUGGAUGCUAGAUGUGGCGGGCGGCUCUGCUGCGGGCGGCGCCAGCAGGGGCCCCGACUUCAUUCAGCUCUACCAGGACAGCGAGCUUCUGUCCAGCAACAGACGGGCCGUCGAUGCCGCUUGCCAGCCCGAGGGCGAGCCGCCAUCGGUCAGCGGCGGCACCUAUGCCGCCACCUACUGGCAGCAGCUGCGCGCGCUGCUAGGGCGCCAGGCUGUACGCUACUGGCGCCUGCCCCAGUACAACGGCAUCCGCAUGGUGGUGUCGAUAGCCUUUGCCCUGGUGGUGGGAUCCCUGUACUAUAAGCAGGGCCAGGUGCCCGCCGGCGGGACCACCACCAAUGUGACAAACGUCAUGGGCAUGCUGUUCAUGGGCCUGUCCAACCUUGGAGCCAUCAAUAUGCAGUCGGUGCUCAUCGUGGCGGCGGCGGAACGCACAGUGCUGUACCGCGAGCGCGCCGCCGGCAUGUACUCGGCGCUGAUGUAUGUGAAUGCCGCCGCGCUGGUAGAGCUGCCUUACCUUGUGGUGCAGGUGUGCCUGUUUGCCCCCAUCGCCUACUACAUGGUGGGCUUCAAGGCGGCCGCCGGCAGCUUCCUCUUCUUCCUCAUGACCUUCUGGCUGUCGCUGCUGGUGUUCACCUACUUUGGCCAGAUGUGCCUGUACAUCGCGCCCAAUGUCCAGGCCGCCCAGGCCAUUGCUGCCACGCUGUCGGGACUCUUCGACGUGUUGAAUGGGUUCUACAUCCCGAAGCAGCUCAUGCCCGUCUGGUGGCGCUGGUUCUGGUACUGCAACCCCGUGUCAUGGAUGGCGUAUGCCGUUGCUGCCAACCAGCUGGCGGGCGACACAACAGAGGUGUCCACAGCAGCAGGGCAGACCAUUACCGUGCAGGCCUUCCUGGAGGGGACGUAUGGCUACAAGGCCAGCUUUGCCUGGCCCGCCAUCGGCAUCCUCGUGGGCUUCCUGGUGGGCUUCCGAGCCAUCUCCACCCUGGCGGUGCGCUUCCUCACCUUCCAGAGCCGCUGA